AACCCACUUUAAUCGCCUGCCUUCCGUUGCCAACAAACGAGGUCUACAAUGCGGAUCGCGUUCCUAAUCUUCGUCCUCUGCCUUCAGCUACACACUUCAAUGGGCUUAGUGACUAAGCUGGCGGGACUUAAAGCUAGAUUUUUGAAUGCUACUGGAAAUACUAUCCAGGAGGGUGGUUCCUUGUUGUAUAAACUGGGAUCGCUACUGGAGAUCUAUGGGGACAGUGGUGGGAACGCAACCUUGCCCAGCGCCCGGGAUGUAUUUAAACUAUUGAAAUUAAACUAAGCGUGUAUUUUCACAAAUA